UAAAAGAUACUCAUUCGUUAAAAGUUUUCUAAGCCGUUUAGGUUAAUAAUAGUUUCUUUAAAUUUGUUUGAUUUUCAAUAUUUUCUCCAAAUAUUUCAAACCGAAGUGAAAAAGGAUUUCAAGGAUAUUUCCUUUGGAAACUCAAAGAAAAACAAAAUCCUCUAAAAAGUGAAAAAUAUUGUGACUUUUUACCUUCAUACCCUUAUUCUAUGUCCCUGAGACAUUUAAAAUAAACCAAGAAAAGAUUUUCUUCCAAAGUUAAUGAAAUACAAAAAUAAUCGUGGCACAAUACUCCAGUUACAAUUUCGGACAUUUUUAUUGUUUAAAAAAGGAUAUAAAUCGUGUGUCAUUUGAAUAUUAAGUCAUCUUUCUUAACAAUAAUAAUUAUUUUUCUUUAAAUAACUUGUGAUAAUCCCGGAGAUGUAAAUAACUCGCCCCAAUAACAGAAACUUUUGACCAAAAUUGUUAUUGAACAAACAAAAUAAAGGAAACGAAUUUUAUUUCAAAACAUAUAAAAAGGUUUAAUCAGCGACAUUACAAAAGAAAACAAUCUCAAUUAAGUCACAAAAGUAUUGACCAAAAACAAAACUACAAACCAAAAUGUCACCUCCCACCAGAAUACACUACAAUACCAUCUUUACUAUCAUCCUGCUUACAUUCCACACCCUCAAUGUUGGCUCAGUACCACUUCAAACAGAAUUCGAUCAUCAGCUAACACAAAAAUUGAUCGAAAACUCUGAAGGAGAUCCCCAAAUUAUUUCCAACACCGAAAACUACAAUGUGAUAUUUACAUCAACCGAAACCAAAGAAACUAAUUUUCUAAGUGAAUUUCUAUUUCCCGAAGACGAUGUGAAAUCAGGAAAAGAACAAUGCAACCAUCCAGAACAUAAGCCUGAUUUUUCAGCUUAUGAUUAUACAGUGCUAUUGACCAUGCUUGUCAUAUCCUUGGGAAUUGGAGCAUUUUAUGGAUUCUUCAAAAACUCCGGUUCGUCAUCCAGUGAAUUUUUACUCGGAUCGGAAAUGUCAAUUUUUCCAGUAACUUUAAGUUUGACAACAAGCUUCAUAACAGCUAUUGAACUAUUGGGGAAUCCCUCCGAAAUGUACUUUCAAGGAACACAAUUUGUUUUAAUUGUUAUUCCAAUGGUGUUUGUGAUCCCAGUGGCUGUGAAGAUCUUUUAUCCCAUUUACUUCAAAAUGGAACUAACUAGUUGCUACGAGUACCUGGGCAUUCGUUUCGGCAAGGAAAUUCGAGUUCUUGGUGCAUUGCUGUAUGUUGUUCAGAUGUGCUUCUAUACUGCUGUGGCAGUUCUAGCUCCAGCAAUAGCUCUUAAUAAGGCCACAGGACUGAAUACAAGAGUUGCUGUCAUAUUAAUCUACCUUGUUUGUGUGUUUUACUCCUCCCAAGGAGGAAUGAAAGCUGUGGUUAUUGCUGAUGCAUUCCAAGCAGCAGUUCUUGCUUUCUCCCUAGUUCUUAUUAUUAUUCUUGGAUGUUUUUAUUCAGGAAGUUCUGAGUUGAUUUUCAACACAGCAGCUGAAGGAAAUCGUUUAGAGUUCUUCAACUUCUCACCAAAUCCAACUGAUCGCCAUACAGUUUUCUCAGUUGUGAUCGGAGGAUUCUUCUAUUGGACUUCGUUGUUUUGCACUAAUCAGGCGUCCGUGCAGAAAUGCAUGUCCUUGAAAUCUCUGAAAUUAGCAAAUCUUGCAUUGGGAUUUUCAAUUCUUGGUCUAGUUGUGGUGUUUUUGAUGAAUUUCUACACGGGGCUCAUGGUAUAUGCCCAUUACUCAGGAUGUGAUCCUUUGACAUCAGGACAGAUUUCUGCUACGGAUCAAUUGCUGCCAUAUUAUAUUAUGAAUGUCUAUGAGCAUCUUUAUUCAGUUGCUGGAAUUUUUGUAGCUGGAAUAUUUGCAGCAAGUUUGGGAACUGUUGCGGCGGCUUUGAAUUCACUUGCAGCUGUAACUUGUGAGGAUCUUCUCAUAAACGGACUUAGUAUUAAAAUUUCACCCGGAAAAGGAGCUUUAUAUGCAAAAUGGAUGUCAUUGGGAUAUGGAGCUGCUUCGUUUGUGCUGGUAUUUAUUGUUGAAAGAUUGGGUGGAGUGCUUCAGGCUACACUUACUUUGAAUGGACUCAUUGGGGGUGUUACUCUAGGAUUGUUCCUUUUAGGAAUUUUCUUCAAACAGGCUAAUACUAAGGGUGCAUUUUAUGGUGGAAUAAUUUCACUCAUCAUUGUUGUAUUCAUUGGCGUUGUUGCACAAUUUGUCGAUAUUGAAGAAACUCAACUUCCACUUACCACUGAAGCGUGUGGUUGUUUUGUGAAUAGGACAACUUUAGAACCACCAAUUCUUCACACUGAAAACAACAGUUUUACGUCAUUCCCACUUUUCCAAAUAAGUUACAUGUGGUAUUCUACGCUAGGAGCUCUUUCGACCAUAAUCCUGGGACUGCUCAUUUCAGUCAUCAUAAACGCAGUUCAGGAAAAUCGUGUCAUGAAUAUUACACAAAAACCAAGACCCAGAGGUAGAAUCAGUACAAUUAGCAAUAAGAAUACAAAAAGUAUAACACCUAGUUUUCCACUAAGUCCUUCAAUAGUGAUAUCAUCCCAAAAGCUGGCCUUUGAAAAUCCUACAAUGAGAGUUGAUGAUGAAUAAAAAAUGUUUUUUUUUUUGAAAUGAUACAAAACUAAAAAAAAAACAAAAAAACGUUACCUAUUAGAUAUUUAUUUUUAGAUUUAGACAAAGACAGAUUUAAAGUCUUAUUACAGACAAGCAAAAAAUACAAAAUUUAUAUUCAUCUACUUAUACUUAAUGUUAAAACAAAUUUUAAAAUAAUAAUAAAAUUUAUAAAUUAUAUUAUGAA